UACGCGGCUGCCAUGGCGCUGUGGACCGGGCUGGGUCAGGCAGCGACGGUGGCGCAGCUGGUCGGCGCGGACGUCGGCGGGCUCAUCUCCAUGAUCAUGCAGGCCGCGCUGACGGCUCGGCAGAACAGGAGGGAGUGCGAGCAGGUGGCGCGCCGGGUCCUCAUGAUCGCGGAGCUGCUGCCGCACCUGGAGGCGUGUCAGGAGGCGGUCCGGCCGCUGGCUGGGCUGGGCGACACGCUCCGGGAGGCGCACGAGCUCGUGGUGUCCUGCCAGGGGAGGAACCUGGCGUACCAGCUCGCCAUGGCCGGGAGGCAGGCCAACAGGUUCAGGGAGGUCCAGAACAAAAUCGACUCCUACCUCAUCCUCUUCCCCAUCAUCAGCCACAUCGGCAUAACCCGCCGCCUCGAUCGAAUCUACAACAUCCUCGUUCCAGAUAGCGCCACAAGCUCAGCAUCUCCACCCUCCAGUUCGCCCCAGGUGCAGGAGCCGACUGAGGUUGCUCGGGAGGUUCUACCGCAUGGAACCGAAGAGUUCACGUUGGCAGAGAUCAUGGCGGCCACCAAUAAUUUCGCCGAUGAUACCAUAAUCGGCCAAGGUGGCUCAGCAAUUGUGUACAGGGGCAGACUUUCCGAUGGGCGUGAGGUGGCCAUCAAGCGCGCUCGGCACCCGAUCAGUUCCGAUCUGGAGGAUGAGUUCCGCACGGAGAUUGCCAUCCUAUCGCAGCUCCAGCACAAGCACAUCGUCCGCCUCCUUGGGACCAGCUGCUGGUCCAUGAACAAGGAGAAGCACCUCUUAUCCUUGUGGAGGAAGCGGGCCGAGCGGCUAUUGGUGUACGAGUACAUGGACAACGGCACGCUCCACGACCACCUGCACAACCAACCAUCCUCCUCGCCGGUGACGGUGUCCUGGAAGAUGCGCAUCGAUGUGCUCCUGGGCGUGUCGCGCGCCAUCGAGCACCUGCACUGUCACGCCGUACCGCCGGUCAUCCACGGCGACAUCAAGCCGGCCAACAUCCUUCUUGACUCCAGCUGGGUCCCGCGCCUGUCGGACUUCGGUGCGUCGGUCGACUGGAACCCGAUGAAGGAGUAUGACACAUACGCCUACGUAGGCACAAUCGGGUACCUCGAUCCGGAAUACUUUCAGACAGGCCAUCUGAAGCCGGCGAGCGACGUUUACAGCUUGGGUGUGUUGAUGCUCGAGGUUCUGACGGGGAAGAAGGGGGUGGAGGUGGAGGGACCACUGUUUGACUUGCCGUCCUUCGCUCUCCCCAUCAUUGAGGCCGGCAAUCUAGAGGAGCUGCUGGACAAGCGCCCAUCACCGGAGCCAACGCCACGGCACACUGCGUCAGAUUCUGACAUAGUAACAAACAGUUUUGGGGGCACCUGCAAUCCUGCAGUAACAUGA